UUGUGCGCCGCCGAUAAACGGUACACAGACCACCACCGCCGCCGCCGCCACCACUACUAUAAUACCACGACGGCGACACCAGCAGCAGUCGCCAGUCGGCAGUCACGCACCGCAACAGGAGCGGCGCGCACCGACGAGACAUACACGCGGCCCGUCAGUACUGCGGCCGUCGCACGGGAUUCCGAAGCGUCCGAGUGCCAUCAGGCGAUCGCAUUCAAUUUUUACCGACGUCGCAGCAUUAUUAACACUCAGUGACGAUGACUGAUUACGCGCAGGCCACGGCGGCCGACCCGUCGUGGACGUGGUGGAUGACCACGGCUGCGGCGGCCGUGCGUAUGCGGAACCUCCAAAACCACCACCACCAUGGAGACGUAAGCGGUGGCAGCGAUGUUGACGACGAAUACGCCGGGCCCGGUGGGAAGCGACAGCGGAUCGGCGACGUCAAGGAUGAGUAUUGGCCGGUCACCUUGGACCGCAACGACCGCGGCGCACUGCUUCUACGACAUCGGCUGGAGACGAACGACACGUCGUCCGCGGGCCCACUUGACUUGUCCGUGAAAGCCACACUGACGACGACGACGGCAGCACGCAUAGUGGACGGACGAGUGGGAACCGACGAGUACCCGGCAGCCGUGACACCGGAGAAACGGCCUGUUGCCACUGCCGCGAGCGCCAACCGUGGUAAAUCGUCCAAAAAAUCGACGACCGGCGGUACGGCGACCGCGUCGACGGCGGUAAAAGCGGCUACGCGAAAACUUCUUCCUCAGCUCAUGUUCGACCGCCGCGUUGACAGGUCGUCACCGGUGUCCGGUACGAUCAUCGUACCGGCUCCUCCCGAAGAACCGAUGGCAGCUGGCUGUAAACGGCUGACUUCGACCUCAUCAUCGUUGUCGUCGUCGUCGUCUUUAUCUUCGCCUCCAUACCCGGCGACGGCGGAUUGCGGUGGACAAGACGGUGACCCGCGGGAUGACGAAUACGACGGUGGUGACAUCGACCCCGAAUUCAACAUUGUCGUGGCCACCGACGAGGCCCGUCGUCGGAUCGAGAGCAUCCCCAACGCGCUGGGCCCAUACCGGUGCCGGCUGUGCGGCGUCCGGUACGCCGACGCCUUCGCGCUGGCCCGUCACCGGUGCCGGUGCAUCGUACACGUCCGGUACACGUGUCCCGAGUGUGACAAGGUGUUUCAAUGUCCGGCCAACUUGGCAUCGCACCGUCGGUGGCACGGCACCGGGUCAGCUGUGAAAACGACCGGCGUCGGCGGUAAUCGCAGUAAGAACGGCGAUAAUGGCGGUAAACCCAUCAAUAGCACGUCCAAUAAUGUCAGCGACAUUGCCGCAGCCAUCGAUGUCAACGACGGUGACUCUGCAGGCAGCGUAACGACGGCACCGGUAACAACCGCGUCAGGAUUCAAAAAGAACAUGUUGCAGCGCGCCGUGCAGGCAGCCGCGGCUGCCGCAGCCAACGACAACAACAACAACGACGACGAUGGCGAUAACAACGACCAGAAGUGCAAGAACGACGACGGUGACAUCGCCAAGUAACCAACUUUUACAUCGCUAUUAUAGAAUUUGUAUUGGUCAUUCAAACGAAAAACCGUAUGGAAAUGAGUACCAAAUAAGUGAAAUAGUCCUAUAUUCUAGGUAAUGGUACCUAUAUCUUUAUAAAAAUAGAUACAUAUUAUAUAUUGUAGUAAUUAUUGAUUAAUUUCAAGUUUGUAUCCGCAAUUAUAAUGUCAAUACUAUAUUAUACUUAAUAAUAUAUUUAUUUUUAUCAUCCUGUAUUAUUUCUAUUUUUCAUUAUAACACGAGUAAAGAACAAAUACAUUUUAUUUUAUUUUAUAUAAUAUAUUAUGAAACCGAAGUGUUUAUAAUUUUUUAUUGAUCAUAUUAUAUUUUAUAUUAACUACUAUAUGUCUAUAUUAAUUAUUUACCGAUUAUUAAUUUUUAAUUUUAUCAUAAUCCAAAUAUAUUUAUAUAGGUAUAUAAAUAUUAUAUUUUACUUCAUUUUUAUUAUUUUAUACUAAGGUUUAAUAAUAUUUUUUAUUUUUCAUUUAAAACACAUUAUUGUUGCAAAUCUUGCAUCGUAUAUUUAUUGUUAAUAUUUUUGCACAAAUUAUAUCGUAGGUACGCGUAUAAAAAAAAUUUUAAAA